AUUAAUAUUAUUAUGCUAUGUUGAUGAAGGCAGCCAUUAGAAGAGACAACCCUGUGAUUCUGUUCGAGCAUGUUUUGCUGUACAACCUUAAAGAAACAAUCCCAGAUGAGGAGUAUGUGCUGAAUCUAGAAGAAGCCGAGAUGGUGAGACCCGGGGAACAUGUCACUAUCCUGACCUAUUCUAGGAUGAGGUACCAUGUCAUGCAGGCUGUCAAGACUCUUGUGGAAAAAGGGUAUGACCCUGAGGUGAUUGACAUCAGGUCACUGAAACCAUUCGAUAUAUAUACGAUCGGGAACUCGGUAAAGAAGACUCACCGGGUGGUCAUUGUGGAAGAGUGCAUGCGGACCGGUGGGAUUACGGAGAAUUUCAAUGACUACUUGGACGCUCCUAUUGUGUGUUUGUCAUCACAAGAUGUGCCCACACCUUAUGUACAGCCUCCACAGAUUGUUACUGCAUUAGAACAAAUUUGCCAGUGAUUUUGUGUUGAGAAAUAUGUGUUUUCAUUUCAGUGUUUUGUUGUAUGUUUAGUUUUGUUGAGAUUGUGUUUCAGAACUUAAUGGUAACUUUUAUUUUAAUUCUUAAAAGGACUUUAUUUGGAUUUUGACAAUUAAGUCUAUGCAUUGUAAGAAUUUGACAUUAAAUACAACUACAACAUUCGAGCCUUCA